UCGGAGCGCGCCGCCCUCCGCCUGGGGUCCGGGUAUACGACCCUCGCCUGGGCCUCUCUGCUCCUGGAUGGUCCGCACUGUCCUCAGCUCUCGGCUUCGGCGCCCCGGCCCUGCGGUGGUCGGCGCGGACCGCCCGCUCUUUCCACACGGACCCCCAGCCGGGGCCACGGCCUGGGAUGGUGCGUUCUGCUGCAGAGACGCCCGGCACACUCAGUGCGGGGACAGCGCCCUUAGACUGGUGACCCGAGGUGCGCCGGGCCGGGGCCGGGCGACCCUCCGGCUUUCCGCCGGUUGUGCCUGGUUCCGCUCUGCCCUGUUGCCUGCGGGGCCUCCGCCUCCCGGGACUCUGGCCGGGUCCCUUCCCUGGGCUCCGGCCACGCCCUCCCCAGGCUCUCUCCUUUCCCUCACGCUCGGGCCCCGCCCCUCCCCGGCGCCCUGGUGGCUGGGCUGGGAACCACCGAGACAGCCGAGCCUCCCAGCCGCCCAGAACGGCCGGAAGUAUACGGGCAGGAGCGGGCGCGCGCUCCGAGCCCCGUUUCCGGCGUCGCCGCGCGUGCGGAGCCUCGGGCGGUGCUCGGUGAGGGUCUCUUGGCCAGGACACGUGGAUGCCCACCCACCGAGCCUCAUGGGGUCCCUGGGGUGCUGGUGUGUGUCCUUUCAGGAGGCUGUGACAUUUGGUGAUGUGGCCGUGCACUUCUCACGGGAAGAGUGGCAGUGUCUGGACCCUGGCCAGAGGGCCCUCUACAAGGAGGUGAUGCUGGAAAACCACAGCAGUGUGGCUGGACUAGCAGGAUUCCUGGUCUUCAAGCCUGAGCUGAUCUCCCGGCUGGAGCAGGGGCAGGAGCCAUGGGUCCUCGACCUGCAGGGAGCAGAGGGGAGAGAGGUGCCAAGGACCUCCCAGACGGAUUCCACAAUUAGGACUGAUAGUGAGCAGGCCUGUGAGGACGUGGACGUUCUGAGAGCGGAAUCCCGUGCGGUGAGGGUCAGAAUCCCCCCACAGAGUCCUGGCAUUGGAGACGCCUCUGAUUCUGAGGUCUGGUCAGAGAGGAAGCCAGGCUUCCUCUUCCAGAGAAACCGCUUAAACACAGGGACCGUGACUCCCAGGAAGACCUUUGCCAAGGAGGACGCCCAGGGACGUGGCGAGCUGGGGAGCAGUGGUGGCCUGCGUUGUCAGCCGGGUAAAAGUCAGGGCAGUACUGCAGAAGGGGCAUCCCGAAGAUGUGACAUGUGUGGCAGGAGCUUCAGAUCUGCUUCCAGUGUUGCUCUGCAUCAGGAAAUCAGCACACAGAAGAGACCUAGCAGAUGUCACGAGUGCCAAAAAAAAGUAUCUGAUUGCUUACAGGGGAAACAUCAAAGUAACUGCCAUGGAGAGAAGCCAUAUGAAUGUGAGGAAUGUGGGAAAGUCUUCCGAUUGUGCUCACAGCUUAAUCAGCAUCAGAGAAUCCACACUGGAGAGAAGCCAUUCAAAUGCACUGAGUGUGGAAAAGCCUUUCGCCUGAGCUCAAAACUUAUUCAGCAUCAAAGAAUUCAUACUGGAGAGAAGCCCUACAGGUGCGAGGAAUGUGGAAAAGCCUUUGGUCAGAGCUCCAGCCUCAUCCACCAUCAGAGGGUCCACACGGGAGAGAGGCCCUAUGGCUGCCGGGAGUGUGGGAAGGGCUUCAGCCAGCAGUCGCAGCUGGUCAGACACCAGAGGACUCACACUGGAGAGAGGCCCUACCCAUGCCAGGAGUGUGGGAAGGCCUUCAGCCAGAGCUCAACCCUCUCUCAGCACCAGCGGAUGCACGCUGGAGAGAAACCCCAAGCCCCAAGAACCCUGGAUAGUCCCAGUCUUAUUGCCCAUCAGAGGAUCCAUGCUGCAGAGAAGCCGUUUAAGUGCGAUGAGUGUGGGAAGGCUUUCAGGUGGGUCUCUCGCCUCAGCCAGCAUCAGCUGACUCACACUGGAGAGAAGCCUUACAAGUGCAACAAGUGUGCAAAAGCCUUCGGUUGUAGCUCCCGGCUUAUUCGCCACCAGAGGACUCACACUGGAGAAAAACCAUUUAAAUGUGAUGAGUGUGGGAAAGGCUUUGUCCAGGGUUCACACCUGAUUCAGCACCAGAGAAUUCACACUGGAGAGAAACCCUAUGAGUGUAGUGACUGUGGAAAGGCCUUCAGCCAGAGCUCCAGCCUCAUUUACCAUCAGAGAAUCCAUAAGGGAGAGAAGCCCUACGAGUGCCUCGAGUGUGGGAAAGCUUUCAGCAUGAGCACACAGCUCACCAUACAUCAGAGGGUCCACACAGGGGAGAGACCCUACAAAUGCAGUGAGUGUGGGAAAGCCUUCAGUCAGAACUCCACCCUUUUCCAGCACCAGAUAAUUCAUGCUGGAGUGAAGCCCUAUGGAUGUAGUGAGUGUGGGAAAGCCUUCAGUCGGAGUUCCUAUCUUAUUGAGCACCAGAGAAUACACACUCGAGCCCAGUGGUAUCAUGAAUAUGGGAAUACCCUGGAAGGUUCUGCCCCCGUGAGCCGUAAAAAAACUAAUACUGUAAAGAAACUGCAUAAAUGUAAUGAAUGUGAGAAAAUAUUCAGAUGGCGCUCACAUCUAAUUAUACAUCAGAGAAUUCAUACUGGAGAGAAACCUUAUAAAUGUAAUGAAUGUGGCAAAGCCUUUAAUCGGAGCUCAAGGCUGACUCAGCAUCAGAAAAUUCACAUGGGAUAGACCUUUGUAAUUCUGUAUAAAUGUGAAUAAACCUACAGCCUUAACUUACUUAUUUUAUAUGGGAUCAUUUAUAAUGAGAAAGAUUUAGAACAUUGGGAAAGAUUCAGAAUUGCUCUCUUGAGAAUAUCCAGAGAUAAUACAAAGUGUAUGUUCAUUUGCUGGAAUGUUUGACUUUGUCCUGUUCCAUGAAGCCUGUGUCCCUCGCGUCAGGGUACAUGUGUGCAGAGUUCUGAGUUCACCGAGGGGAGGCCCCAGGUCCUGUGGAUGAGAAAAGCCUGGUGAGCUCUGCCAGACGAGCAGGUGGAAAGGACUUACCCAGAAUGUCCUCCUUUAAGCACCAGUUUCUCAGCCUGGCUUCAGUGGUCAGGAUGUGUUAGCUCAUGUUAGUGGAAGUCCAGAAUAGGCGUGCGGAGAAUUCCGUCGUGCCUUCUUCACUGACUCCUUUUCGUUAAAUCGCAUCCCCCGUCAGAGCACCCCAGGGAUGCAGCCAUGCAAGGCCAGAGCACCCGGGUGCUGGCCUCUGCGGAGAAGCCGGUCAGCGUGACUGCCGUUCCUCAAGGGUGGACGUGCACGGGCCCUCCAGAAACAGCACCUGGGCCUGGGGACCUGCUCUGUAACUGUGGGGUGCUGCUUGCCCUCCCCGAGAUCCAGAGCCUGUCUGCCUCUCUCAGCGUUGUCAUGGGGUGGUUACAAGAGUUAAGCUGUGUAAAAGAACUCCUCUCACCAGGCGAGUACAAGCAGCCGCUUGCAUCACACCCCUGCUCCUCCCACUGCAGACCCCGAGCCUGUGUCUCCAGCCACACCGAGCGUGUGGGCCUGGGCCUCAGCACUGCGGGAGCGUCUUCUCGCAGCCCGGCAGAUCACGCAGAGGCCAGGGUGUGCACUGUUGACUGCUGCUUACCACACUUCCUCAGAACUCCUGCCAUGCAAACUGCCAGCUGGGAGGGUCUGUGAGCCGGCAGGUGAGCCUGGUGCCUUUGCACGGAGGUUGGCUGGAGACGGAGACUGCUGAGCAGGAGUCGGCAUGUUGGCGUGGUCACGUCGGUUCCCAAGUCCCACAGGGUGACGGCCCCAGUGGUGCCGUGUACACUGCGUGUGUGUUGCCAAGAAACAGCUUGGGGAGUCACCACGUUGAUAGUGAGCAGUGAGCAGGCCUGCUCGCUCUGUUGGGAGCUGGCAGGGUGGGGCCUUUACCUCAUCCCUCAGGGUUUCCUGCCAACACAGCCUUGAGAAACGGCCCCGGUGAAGAGUGGUCAGGGCCACUUGGUGCUCUUGCACUCGCGGGUAAGAACAUGCGGGGAGGUUACCUCUCCCAGCACUCGGCCCUGUGCCCGGAGGCUUUCUUGCCAGAACUUGAGUUUUCACAUGGGUCGGCCACUCCGUCAGCCACUCUGGUGAAUCUGACAGACAGGCUGGGAUCUCUUUGUCUCACAGAGCAUCUAAUUAAGGCCUCCAGAUGAGGCCGGCCUGCAGUAUUGACCCCAGCCCUGCCCCAAGGUCCUGGACCCACCAGCUGAACAAUUCCAGAGGACCAGGAGUCUUACUCAGAUGGGCUACCACCCAGUACCACCCACUCAGGACCUGCCGAUCUUUGGUGUCAUUGCCAGUAAUCACAGGGGCAGUAUCUGGGCCCCAGUGACCCCCCCCCCCCACUUCAGAUGGAGAAGCCCAUUUCUUGCACAUAUAGGCAGGUAACCAGAGGGGGACGGGUCACUUCAGAAUUUGUUGCAACACUUAUUUGGGUCACCAUCACCCUGGGUUUUGGUUGAGCCCAUGGGCAGAUCCCCGAGACAUUGCAGCCUUGAUCAUGCGUGGCACAGCCCCAGAGUAGGUUACAGAUUUGUAUCAGGUGAAACAAGUGCUGGCCCCUUGUUUGCACUGGGAGUUUCCAGAGCUUUUUGGUGGCAUUGGGAACAGCAGAGUUCAGGACGGUCGAGUCCAUGGGAGUUGUUUCCAGCACGUGGACAGGGAUCUCAGCCCUGCAGUAGGUCAGCCUGGUUGCCGGCGCAGCUGCUAAGCCAGGCGCACGUGUCACGUGUUCUCUGGCUGCAGUGUGGUUCUGGGGAUGAAGGUUGUCCCCCAACCUGCACCUGCACCUUCCCUCCCCAGGUGCCAGGACGCCGUGAAAUCUGUGCCCAGUUCAGUACACGGAAGUGUCUCCAGCUGUCCCCUCGUCCACCCAGAACUUGUGUCCAGAAGGGUCAAGACCAGAGGGCCAGGAACUUGUGUAAACUGCAGAGAUUAUGGACAUGAUGUCCCCCACCUUGGCUGCUGUGCUCAACUAGAUGGUCACCACCUUCAGGUCUGGACAGGGGUGGGCCCUAUCUGAAUGGGCUGUAAAUAUUCCAGGCUCUGUGGGUCACCCAACAAGGAGCCAAGAGUCACAGUCCUGGUUGGACACGCCACACUCCUGCUAUCUCUGGCACCUGGUGCUGUUGUGUGCUGACAGGGCUUCUCCAAACGAACCCACCUCCCUCGCCGCCUCCCAGCCCACAUGCUGUAGGAAGGCAACUUGGUCACUGAAUGCGCCGUCCUCAGAAGGGAAUCAUCUCCCAGCCACUUCCCAGGUGAUGACGAGACAAAGCCGUGGAAGGUUAUAUGGACUCCCCCAGAUUCCACCCUGGGCUUAAUGCUGCCUUCUUUCCCCUAACAGCAACCACAGGCUGGCCAAAAAGGGGCCCAAGGCUUCACCCUUCAAUCCCUCCAGCACCUGAACCCUGUGGACUGACAGGGUUCUAGAUCAGGGGCUGGCAAACUAUGGCCUGUGGGCCAGAUGCAGUCUGCUGCCUGCUCUUGUGCAGCCUGUUAAAGUAAUCAAACCCAGGCCAUUAGACUGGUGGCCCUAAUGGCUCGGUACCCAUGUGAGCAGACCGAAACCUAAGCCAGAGUCACUUCCUGUAAAUGCAUUCAUAUCAGAGACAAUGCAAUUUGGAAACAGCCAAUCACCAACAGCCAAGGAGGCUUUCCCCAAUGAGGCGACUGCUUGAGCUACAGCCAGUCGGUUUCCUUGCUCUGCUUCUGCGUCUUCUCUAUAGAGGCCCCUCCCAGCUCCUGUUGACACAGCGCUCCUGACCACGUUCGGUUUGGUGCUGCUGGUUCCAGUCCACGUCUGCUCAAACACACUUCAGGGUUUUAAUAUGCCUCAGUUUACCUUUUAACAGGCCUAAGAGCUAAGAGUGAUUUUUACAUUUUUAAAUGUUGAGGGAAAAAAAACAAGACUUUUGUGACAUUUGAAAAUCAUAUUGAAAUCAAAUUUCCGUGUGACCAAAUAAAGCUUCCUGGCACACAGCUGG